AGAAAAAAAACUUUUUGUAUCGUAGGAAUCAACAGCCGCCAUCUUGACGCGGCUCAGAAUCGGGAUUUCUGGGAGAGAGUUAAUUGUCAAAAAACCGAGCGGAGCCACCCACAGCGGACCCCGAACGCCAUUUUGUCGCCCCAAAUCGAAGCGCGAGCUCUUCCGGGGAGGAUUAAUGCAAACAUGUGAGGGCUACUGGAGAUUUUGUCGUGCCGAAAGGCCACCGUAUAUUUGAUUUCCCUUUUAGCGAGCGCCGCUUCUCGCCGUCCGCAUCGAACCUCCGUAUUUUCCGGCGCGACACCCACUGAAAAAAUAAUCCGCUGAAAAGAAAAUAUUUCUCGAUUUUUGCUCUUUUUAUCGGAGCCCGAGGUGGAUUUUAAGGGUGCUCGUUUCGACGACGAAAAAAAUGACUCCACACGGACGCGUCGCCGGCGAUCGCCGCAAAAAUGGCUUCUCAUUCGCUUGGCGUAAUAUUUCCUGAUUGCUUUUUAUUUAUUCUUCUCAACGUCAGAUAAUUUCAGAUGCAGUUUUGGGGAAUAAUUAUGUGGGUGUUGGAUGUUGGAUUAUCAUGGGGUGAUCUCCGGCGGCGAAGCGUGGCGCUGUUGCCUUUCUUUUGAAACCUUCUCUCCCCGGGCAGCAUUUUGCCACACAAGGAAAAACCAAACCGUUCAAUUGUGAUUCCUUUUGACGCGCUGUCAUUGGAGAACGAUACCAAUUAGAAUAAAAGAAACCUAGGACCACCUCAGGCUGAGUACCCAGAAUGGCUGACAAUCUGCUGGAUGUCGGACCCCCCACUGCAAAGCGACCCAAACUCAAUUCACCUCUCUCGGCUUCGGACGGCCCAGACCUUGUGUCCCUGUUUGACCUGGAAAAUGACCUUCCGGAUGAGCUCAUCCCCAAUGGAGACCUGUCUCAGAUGGGAAUGUCCUCUAAUGGUGGCGCCGGAGGAGGCCCAGGUCUCAACUCCAUCGUCCCAGACGCCGCCGCCAAACACAAGCAGCUGUCCGAGCUCCUGCGGCCUGGUAGCUCCUCCAACUUGGGAAGUUCUCUCAACUCUGCCAGUCCCCAAAAGGCAGGCAUCGUGGGAGGCCAGCUCGGAGUCGUGCUCGGAAAAAGCCCAAUUGGCCAGGGCUCUCCAAACCAUCAGUCUCCCCAGGCCCAGAAAGUAGCCGUUGGUACGGGGCAAGGCAAUGGAGGCGUGAGCUUCAAUCAGGCCCUAAUGAACAGUGGGCAGGGACACGGGGUCUUGGGCCCAGUCGGACAGGUGAUGAAUGGUGCUCUGGGACCAGCAGGCCGAGGAAGACCUGGCAUGCAGUACCACAGCCAAGGUAUGCUUGGGGCAUCAGGAGGAAGCAUGUUGGCAGAGACGCUUACUCAAGGAGGGCCACAAUUGGGUGGACCCAACUCAUUGACUCCUCAGCAAGCUGGACACGUGAAUAAGAUGGGGAUGUCAGGAGCUCCGUUUGGCCAGCAGUACGGUCAAACAGGGGUCCAGCAGAUGGGGCCAACAGGUGUCAAUGUCCAACAACUUCAGAACAAGACAGCCCUUCCCAACAAUCUGCCUCAGUUCGCAUCGGAGCCAAAGGGAGCUGGAAAUGUUCCCAACAUGAUGCAGCAGCAGGUUGCGCCUGUGGGGAUGGUACCCAGCACCGGCAGCGUGUCAGCCGGUCCGACGGCCGAUCCUGAGAAGCGCAAACUCAUUCAGCAGCAGCUGGUCCUGCUGCUCCACGCGCACAAGUGCCAGCGACAGGAGCAGGCCAACGGGGAGGUGAGGGCCUGCACUCUCCCCCACUGUCGCACCAUGAAGAAUGUCCUCAACCACAUGACCCACUGCCAGGCGGGCAAGUCUUGCCAGGUGGCCCACUGUGCAUCAUCCAGACAGAUCAUCUCUCAUUGGAAGAACUGCAUGCGGCACGACUGUCCUGUCUGCCUGCCUCUGAAGAACGCAAGCGAUAAGAGAAACCAGCAACCCAUGCUAGGUUCCCCUGGGGCCAGCCUACAGAAUGCAAUUGGCACAGUUGGAGCCAGCCAGCCCAGUGCCCCGACCAUCAACAGUGCAACCACACACAUUGACCCCAGCUCCAUGCAGAGGGCCUAUGCCGCUCUGGGUCUCCCUUAUGGCAACCAGUCCCCUGCUCAGAACCAGGGUCCUGCUCAACAGAACACACAGGGGCACCAGCAGCUGCGAAAUAUGAACGCACUAGGCACUAAUCAGAUCAACCAGAUGGCAGUAGGGAUGGGGGUCCCCUCUUCCGACCAGACUGGGCUGCACAGUGACUCUUUGCCCUCCACACUCAACAAUCAGUUGUUGCCGGAUGGGUCCGUGGCAGGAGGAAUGGGAAACUUGCCCGCCGCCACCCCUCUGUCGGCUUCGGGGGUCCGGAAGACCUGGCAUGAACACGUCACUCAGGACCUGCGCACUCACCUGGUGCACAAACUAGUACAAGCCAUAUUCCCAACCCCAGACCCUGCAGCACUGAAGGAUCGCAGAAUGGACAACCUGGUCGCCUACGCGCGCAAGGUCGAAGGUGACAUGUACGAGUCGGCCAACAGCAGGGAUGAGUAUUACCACUUCUUGGCGGAGAAGAUCUAUAAGAUCCAGAAGGAGCUGGAGGAGAAGCGCCGUUUGCGGAUCCAGAGGCAACCUGGCAUGGUGGGCAACGCCGGACCCCAGCAGCCUUCGAUGACUCAGCCCAAUGCCGUGGUCCCGGGACAACCCGUCCGACCUCCCAAUGGACCUGUGCCUAUCCCAAAUCAGAUGAUGAACCGUAUGCAGGUGCCUCAAGGAAUCAAUCAGUACAACCCAAUGGCAAUGCAAAAUGCGCAGAUGUCACAGACACCCUUGGGGCCCCGAGCUCCCUCGCCCAUGAACCAUCCCCCGCAGCUCAACAUGAACACCGUCCCAGCAAUGGGCAUGUCCCCUUCGAGAAUACCGCAGACUCCUGGAAUGAUGGGGAAUCACGCAGGAAACAUGGUUACUCAGCCAACCAACCAGGGUCACUUCUUGCCGCAGGGACAGUUCCCUCCAGCCACCGGAGGAGCAAUGAAUGUAAACGUGGGCAUGGGUCAGCCAGUAACGCAACAGGGUGCACAGUUUUCCGAACAGUCGCAGAAUUCCAACCUCGCUCUAAAUGUGCACGGCACCAUCGGCUCUCAGUUGCCGUGUGGCCCUGCAGCCCAGCCAGGCAUGGGCAGCACGCCUCCACCCAACCCUUCCACCGGCCUCCAAAUGCAACAACUCCAUCAGCCCACGCAGGCCCCGGUGCUACAGCAGCCCUCCACUCCAGCCUCAACGGGUGGGCCAGCCUCCAACCACACCCUCAGACCCAGCAGCCACCCUGGUCCACCCUCUGUCGUUAGUACACCACCCGAACCUUCCCAGCCGCUCACACCCCUGCAGCCGCACCCCGAGCCCCCCGGCCAGAUGCAACAGCCCACCUCAGUGCCGGCGCAAUAUCCCAGCACACCGAUGUCGCAGGCCGCUGCCAGCAUCGACAACAGGGUGCCCACUCCGGCCUCUGUGGCCGAGGUCAACUCUCAACAGAACCUGCCAGACAUGACCACCACUGACCUCAAGUCGGAAGUAAAAGAUGAAGAUGAUGACAGUACUUCGGGGAACAAGUAUACUGGCAUAAAAGUAGAGAAUGAUGAAUCCAAACCCCCUCUGGUGAAGGAUGAGCCAGAUAAAGCUGAGCCAAAGCAGGAACCGAUGGACACUGAAGAAAAAAAGCCAGCGGUAAAGACGGAACCCAAAGAAGAGGCGGAAAGUGGGGGCAGUGCCGCCGCUGCUCAGAGCCGCAAAAAAAUUUUCAGACCUGAAGAGCUCAGACAAGCUCUAAUGCCUACACUUGAGGCCCUCUACAGGCAAGACCCGGAGUCGUUGCCCUUCAGACAACCUGUGGACCCCCUGCUGCUCGACAUCCCGGACUACUUCGACAUUGUGAAGAAUCCCAUUGACCUGUCCACCAUCAAGCGCAAACUGGACACGGGCCAGUACCAGGAGCCGUGGCAAUAUGUAGACGACGUGUGGCUCAUGUUCAACAAUGCGUGGCUGUAUAACCGCAAGACUUCACGCGUUUACAAGAACUGCACCAAGCUCGCCGAGGUGUUUGAAACAGAGAUCGAGCCCGUGAUGAAGACGCUGGGCUACUGUUGCAGCCGCAAGUACGAGUUCUCCCCCCAAACACUGUGCUGCUACGGCAAACAACUGUGCACUAUCUCAAGGGAUGGCAUCUAUUACAGCUAUCAGAACAGGUAUCACUUCUGUGAGAAGUGCUUCAACGAGAUCCAGGGCAACAAUGUGACACUGGGGGACGACCCGGCACAGUCGCAGACCAUGAUAUCCAAAGAGCAGUUUGAGAAGAAGAAAAAUGACAUGUUGGACUCUGAACCGUUUGUUCAAUGUAAAGAUUGCGGACGCAAGAUGCAUCAGAUCUGCGUGCUGCAUUACGAUAUCAUUUGGCCGUCAGGCUUUGUUUGCGAGAACUGUUUGAAGAGGUCUGGGAAAACAAAAAAGGAGAACAAGUUUUCAGCUAAAAGGUUGCAGUCAACGAGGUUGGGAACGUACAUUGAGGACAGAGUCAAUAAGUACUUGAAAAGACAGAACCACCCAGAAGCCGGCGAAGUGUUUGUGCGAGUCGUGGCCAGCUCUGACAAAACUGUAGAGAUUAAGCCUGGAAUGAAGUCUAGGUUUGUGGACUCGGGUGAAAUGGUCGAGAGCUUCCCUUACAGAACCAAAGCACUUUUUGCAUUUGAAGAAAUUGACGGUGUGGACGUUUGUUUCUUCGGCAUGCACGUCCAGGAGUAUGGCUCGGAUUGUCCUUUUCCAAAUACGAGGCGGGUUUACAUAUCAUACCUCGACAGUAUUCACUUCUUCAAACCACGCAUGCUCAGGACUGCAGUUUACCAUGAGAUCCUAAUUGGAUACCUGGAGUAUGUCAAGAAACUGGGGUAUGUGAUGGGUCACAUCUGGGCCUGCCCACCCAGCGAAGGAGAUGACUACAUUUUCCACUGCCACCCUCCCGACCAGAAGAUCCCCAAACCGAAGAGGCUGCAAGAGUGGUAUAAGAAGAUGCUGGAAAAGGCUUUUGCUGAGAGAAUCCUACACGAUUUCAAGGACAUUUUCAAGCAAGCCACAGAAGACAGGCUGACCAGUGCCAAUGAGCUGCCGUAUUUUGAGGGUGACUUUUGGCCAAAUGUGUUAGAGGAGAGCAUCAAAGAACUGGAGCAGGAGGAGGAGGAGAGGAAGAAAGAGGAGAACACGGCCUCCUGUGAGACGCCAGAGGGAGCCCACGCUGACAGCAAGAAUGCCAAAAAGAAGAACAACAAGAAGACCAACAAAAAUAAGAGCAGUGUCAGUCGAGCCAACAAGAAAAAGCCUGGGAUGCCGAAUGUAGCUAAUGAUCUGUCCCAAAAGCUCUAUGCCACAAUGGAGAAGCAUAAAGAGGUGUUUUUUGUCAUCCACCUUCAUUCUGGGCCAGUCAUCAAUACCCUGCCUCCCAUCAUGGACCCCGACCCUCUGUUGGCAUGCGACUUGAUGGAUGGCCGCGAUUCCUUCCUGACGCUGGCCCGAGACAAGCACUGGGAGUUCAGCUCAUUGCGGCGAUGCAAGUGGAGCACCAUGUGCAUGCUGGUGGAGCUGCACAACCAGGGCCAGGACCGCUUUGUGUACACGUGCAAUGAGUGCAAGCACCACGUGGAGACUCGCUGGCACUGCACAGUCUGUGAGGACUACGACCUAUGCAUUAACUGCUACAACACAAAGGGACACGAACACCAGAUGGUGAAGUGGGGCUUGGACUUGGACGACGACAGCAACAACCAGGGUGGAGAGUCCUCCAAGAGUCCGCAGGAGAGCCGUCGUCUCAGCAUCCAGCGCUGCAUUCAGUCCCUGGUCCACGCCUGCCAGUGCCGCAAUGCCAACUGCUCUCUGCCAUCAUGUCAAAAGAUGAAGCGGGUGGUUCAGCACACCAAGGGCUGCAAACGCAAGACCAAUGGCGGCUGCCCUGUGUGCAAGCAGCUCAUUGCGUUAUGCUGCUACCACGCCAAACACUGUCAGGAGAACAAGUGCCCCGUGCCCUUCUGUCCCAAUAUCAAGCACAAGCUCCGUCAGCAGCAGAUCCAGCACCGCCUACAGCAGGCUCAACUGAUGCGGCGCCGAAUGGCCACCAUGGCAGGAAGGGGCAUGCCCAUGCCGUCCCCACCUACCUCAUCAGCCCCUGACACGCCUAACUCUGUGCAGCAGCCUCAUACGCCGCAGACCCCGCAGCCCAUAUCCAAUCAGCCCCCGCUGCAGCAGCAGUUGCCACCCCCGAACUCCGCCAACAUGGUUCAAGGCUUCCCCAGCAACGGCCGCAGCAGCAGCCAGCCCCCAACACCCAUACCGCAGGGCAAACCGGGCCCCCAGUCAUCCCCGUUACAUCAGCAGCAGUCACCUCUGCCCAGUUUGCCGCUACAGCAGCAGCAACAGAUGCCGCUACAGCAGCAGCAACAGAUGCCGCUACAGCAGCAGCAGCAGCAGCAGCAGCAACAACAACAGCAACAACAACAACAACAGCAGCAGCUAACGGCAUUGAAGGGGGCCAGACAGAUUGAGAUGGCCGCAAAGGCAAAGCAACAACAACAACAACAACAGCAGCAGCAGCAAAGUUACACCAUGAAUGGGAUGCCCAUGAACCACACACGCAUGAUAGGCCCCAUGCAGGGCCAGAUGCAGAUGAUGCGGGGCCCCCAGGUGAUGCAGGCUAUGCAGCAGGGCCAGUGCGGUCCCGGAAUGCAGAGUCCAAUGCAGAAACCUCCCGGGCAGCCACCUCGGGGCCCUCCGCAGCAAGGCGUCAUGGUCCCCCAGCAGGCUCAGGGAGGCGCCAUGGUGCAGCAAGGUCAGCUCAUGCAGAGAGCCAUGAUGCCCCAGCCACAGGGGCUCCAAAUGCCCGGAACCAUGCCUCCCCAAGGGCCCUCGCAGCAGGGCAUGACACCCACGCCACCGCAGCAGAAUAUCCCACGUGCGAUGCCCGGUAACAUCACACCCAACGCCUUGCAGGAGCUACUCCGCACCCUCAAGUCUCCCAGCUCGCCCCAGCAGCAGCAGCAGGUUUUGAACAUCCUCAAGUCCAACCCGCAGCUCAUGGCCGCCUUCAUCAAGCAGAGGACAGCCAAGUACCAAGCCAACCAGCCGCUGCAACAACAGCAGCAGCAGCAGAGUCCUCAAACAAUGCCAGGGUCUGCCGCCGCGAUGCAGGCCAUGAUGCAGGCGCAGAGGCCCGGUAUCCCCCCACAGCAGCAUCCUCCGCAGCAGGUGGGUAUGGCCCCCAUGGGACCCCAAGGCCAGAUGAUGAAUGUGGCUCAAAAUGGCAACCCUCAACUUUACCGCAGACAGCAGCUCUUCCGCAUGCAACAGGCGCAGCAGCAACAGGGAGGCAUGCCUCAGCAUCACGCUCAUUUCCCCCAGCAGCAGCAGCAGCAGUCGGCAAGCUACUCCCAGCUCAGGAUGCAGCAGCAGAUGGCUAUGCAAGGAGGCAUCGGGCCGAUGGGCCAGCUCCCACCCGCGUCGCAAUUGGGCCAAGCUGGCAUGGGCAUGGACGGAGCCCAGACCCUUCUACAGCAGCGAAUGCUCCAGCAGCAACAGCAGCAAAUGUUGAAGCAGCAGAUGGGCUCGUCGGCGCAGGCCGUGAGCCCCCAGCCGCACAUGCUCCAAGGCCAGACGCAGGCACCGGUCGCUCACCUCCCCAGUGGCCAAGCCAUGGGCAACUCCUUGGGCAACCAGGUGCGCUCACCGGCCCCAGUCCAGUCGCCUCGGCCGCCGUCGCAGCAGCCCCCGCAUUCCAGUCCCUCCCCGCGGAUACAGCCCUCGCCCCAGCAUGGUGCCCUUCUCUCCAGCUCCCCUCAUCCCAUCAUCGGGGGCCCCAUGUCAGGCCCCUUAGAGCAGGGACACAUGGGGACGCCAGAGCAGAGCGCCAUGCUGCCGCAGCUUAACACACCCAACCGAGGGGGUUUGAGUACUGACAUGGGCAUGGUUGGGGACACGACGGGAGACACGCUGGAGAAAUUUGUCGAAGGAUUGUAGCAGAAAGUGAGAAAACUCAAGUCACAAUGUUUGUGAACUUUCUGCGAAACAAGGGACUACUUUUUAUUCCAACGUGUGACUUCCCCGUCACUGCUUCAAAGAAGACACAAAGGAUAUAUUUUUGGUUCAGACCAGCCAUGCAAGAAUUGAUGCUCUGGUCUUUGUGUUGUUGAAAUACGUUUUUCAUUUGUUUAUGCUCUGGUAUUGACUUUUUUAACAGAACCUCUCAAAACAAAAAAUAUCUCCUUUUAUUUUUCAUUUUGUAUCUUUGCAAAUAAUUAUUGUAUUUGUGUUGAGCAAGACUGUAAAGUUAAACUGGGAAAUUUUGGGGGGUUGCCAGGUUUCACUUUUUGCUCAGUUUCUCUUGUCCUAGGCUAAUUUAUUCCAAUAUGCCAUUUUUCAAAAAGGACUGCCUUUGGGAAAGCCUUAAUUUUCCUUCCUGCUUGCAGACUCUAUGGAGGAUUACCGUGUUUGUACAGAUUUAGGAACUAUUGCACACUGACAAACACAACAGGCAGGUGUUCAAAAGCCAGAAUGUUCGUUUAUUUACUGGCCGUGGCUCAGUAUUUGUCUUGCAUAUGUACAAAUAAUCACUUGGUCUCUCUUUCAAUCCCAAUGUAUUCUCUUCACAUCUUGUUCUUCUUUUGGCUGUGGUCAGAAAUGAACAUGUUGAAACUGCUGAUUUGUGUUCAGAGUUAUGUGUAUCAUUUUCUAUCUUACAUUAAACUUGAAUCCACAAUGACCUGUCCUCUAAUGUAAAUCACACAGCUCAACAGCACUGUAAAUAUACAGAAAAUAAGAAAAAAAUCACUGUAAAAACUGGUUCAAGAUGGCUCAUUUCCUACUUAUAUACCAUAUUGUUUAAUAAACCUGUGUGCCACAGA